CUGAUGGUUUCUAUGAUGUUCUACGAUGUUCUGUACUACUUCCUGUCUGUAGCUGGCCCUACAGCUCUGGUUCUACAGUGGGCUGAAGUUUCCCUCAUCGCCGACUGCCAGAGGUUCUACAACAGCAGCCUUAAAGUCGGGAUGAUCUGUGCAGGAAAUUUGGACGGCGGUGUGGACGCCUGUACCGGGGACAACGGAGGUCCUCUGGUGUGUCGGGACGAACUCGGAGUUUCAUACCUGUGGGGCAUCGUCAGCUGGGUGCGGGGCUGCGGCCGGGCCGACUCACCUGGAGUCUACGUGCAGUUGAAUCAAGCUGAUUUCAAGGAACCAUUAGCCAUAAACCAGCAGAUCCCCCAGAAACAAGUGUUUCCAUUUCCUCUGGCAUCAAGCCCCGCCCCAGUCAAGACAAGCCCCUCCCCCAUGUCAACAACUCCCGCCCCAGUUAAGACAAACCACGCCCCCUUGCCAACAACUCCCACCCAAGUCAAUACAAGCCCCUCCCCUGUGUCCACAAGCCCCGCCCCCACAACACCUAAAGCACCUGUGACAGACGAGUUUCUGGGUCCGUCUGAGUGUCUGGACAAAAAACGGACUCGGUCGUCAUGUGACCUGGUGUUCUGCCCUCCAUGGGAACGCUGCAUUGAAGGAAAGUGUUCCUGCAAACCGCCCUACCUGUGUCCCGUCGAGAACACGAGGCCGGUUUGUGGGCGGGACCACAGGAACUACAGAUCCUACUGCCAGGCGAUGGCGGUCUCGUGUCGGACCAAGAAACCCACCAUGUCCCACUUUGGGGAAAACUGCCACGCAAGUUUGGACAAGUUCUUGAGUUCCAUCGACCAGGACAGCGGUUUGGUGUCCAUGUUUCUGCCCAACAGUGACGGAGGCAGCGACGAAGUUCUGGUUUGUCAGAAGCUGUGGGACAUGGCGGCAGCUAACGUGGCCUGCAGGGAGCAAGGAAAGUCACUGGGAGCAGCUUCUGUUAAUUCUGUACCGUUCGACUCCCUGAUCAACAAACCGGACAGAUGUGUUAGCGUUCGCUGCCAAGGCUAUGAGACGUCGCUGUCUGAGUGCGUCAUCUACGACAAAGUGAUGAGCAGAUAUGGGAGGGUUGCUGCUGUUUCCUGUUACGAGGCUCAGCGGAAACCUAAAGAAUGUGGAUCUGACUUCCAGUGUGCAAACUCAAAGUGUGUUUCUGUGGACCAGACGUGUGACGGAGUCAACGAUUGUGGCGACCGAAGUGAUGAAAUGUGCUGCAAAAGUUGCAGAAACGGAGCUUUUCGCUGUAAAACCGGAGUUUGUUUACAUGGAGAAGCCGUUAACGAUGGACAGAUCGACUGUCUGGAUGGAGAAGACGAAGCAGAGAAACACAAGAAGAAAACACAAACGUCCUUCAGGUCAUCUGCAGAUCCAGAGAAGAUCCUUCAGCAGCUCGGACACUCAGAGUUCGUCUCUCCCAGAAACGAGACCAAAUCCACGAGAGAUCACCUGGAGUCCUUGCUGUAUUGUGGAGUUCCCAAUGCCACCACUGUGGACGAUGAGGAGGAACAUAGGCGGAGCCCCCGAGUCAGGAGGGUGGUGGGCGGGGUCCCAGCCAAGCCGACUCAGAUCCAGUGGCAAGUGGCUCUGGUGGAGAAUAAGAGGAUCGAUUGUGGAGGAGCUUACAUCGGAGGCUGCUGGGUGAUCACUGCCGCUCACUGUGUCAGACCAAACCCUUCGGCGUUCAAGGUGAAGUUCUCUAUCUGGAAAAAGUUCCACAUUCAGACCACAAGCGACAUCGUUCCCAUCGAGGACAUCCGCAUCCAUCCCAACUACAACCCAGCCACCUACGAGAACGACAUCGCCCUGAUUCAGCUGCAGAAGCGUCCAUUUACUGAGGAGUGUUUUGUUAAGAACCCGGCCAUCAGUGCCGUCUGCAUCCCCUGGACGCCUCAGCUGUUCCAACCCAACCACACUUGCAGCAUCUCUGGCUGGGGACGGACCGCAGAUGGCAGGUCGGCUCGGGUGCUGCUGUGGGCCAACGUGUCUCUGAUUGCAGACUGUCAGAGGUUCUACAAAGAUCGAUUCAAGCCUGGCAUGAUGUGUGCAGGUGACCUGGAGGGCAGUGUGGACUCGUGUCAGGGAGACAGUGGAGGACCGCUGGUCUGUGAGGACGAACUGGGAGUUUCAUAUCUGUGGGGCAUCGUGAGCUGGGGGGACAAAUGUGGGAUGCCGGGUUUCCCUGGAGUUUAUACACAGGUUGCUCAUUACUUUGAGUGGAUCCGACUUCACACCGGCUGGACGGCAGUCACCAGGUUCAACUCUUGAUAAAACACUUCAACAAGUUAAAGCUGAGUGAUAAUGACAGCUGCAACAACUGUGUUUUAACCUGCUGGGACUAAAGGUUUUGUAUUGACCUUAAAAUACCACUUUGUACUCAGUGAAAUACCAAUAAAAUAUAUAUUUUGUUUGUA